AUGCAGGAGCGAAGGGUUGACAACGCCCUUAGCCACUCCGCCUCACAUGACGUGGCGGCGGUGGCGGUGGAGGCGGCUGCACGUAUGCUCGGCCUUGCGUGGGCGUGUGCGCGCGUGCAGUUUGCCCAGGUUGCCCGCCGCCGCUGCUUGCUGCUUGCCUCGGCACAGCACACAUCUCACACAUCUCGCGCCCUAAACUCGGUCGGUCGCGCGGUCGACUCCACCUCGAAUCAGGUCAAGGCCACGCGAGGACUAGCACUACUCCUUCCCAGGGAGCAUGCGCGCGCUCUCUCAACGGACGGAAGCCCGCCGCCGCCUCGUCGGUCCCCUCGACAUCAAAGGGGCGGUGUCGCGCCGCGCCCACCAUUCCGCGUGCGCACGCACGCACGCGAGCACAUCUCACGCCCCAUCCCAAACCAUCUCUAUGCCAAUGAGGUGGAGCCCUGCUGGAGGGCCAACCUGCCCCGAAAAUCAACACCUUCCACCCCUUGUCCUCCACACACCCCAAUAAUACACACGCAGCCCGUCGCCACCGCCCCCUCCUUAACAGUGUGUGUUCGUGCACUUGAGGGUGUCCGAACGUGUCGUACCAUUCCCACUACCGUUUGUCUCCACUUCCCCACAUCCUAUCUUCCUCUCUCGUUCGCUUUUCCUCUCCCGUCUUCCCCCUCGCUCCGUCCUUUUUCUCAUCCUCACUCGUUCAAUCCACAUAAAGCCUUUGAUCUUGCUGCACAACUACUAAAGUAG